AUGUCCAAUAAAAUUGACAUUGACGGGGACAAUGCCGACAAAAACUAUGGCGCCAUGUCGACAUUGGCACAAGUUUGCGCCACCAUAGCACAGAGUUUCUUAUUAGUGGGAUUGGGCAUGGAAUUAACGAUGUCAACCAUUGUAAUUCAAGAUUUGUACAACAACCCAAAAAGUGAAUUCUCAUUGACAACGGAUCAAGUAUCGUGGUACGGAAGUAUAUUAUUUGUAUUUCAUCCGACCGGGAGUUUUCUAUCGGGAUUCCUGCAGGAAAGAUUCGGAAGGAAACGGUGCAUGGUUUUAGCCAACGUGCCCAGUAUUUUUGGAUGGAUAAUGUUAUAUUACACACACUCGGUGGUUUCACUUUACGCGUCCACCGUGCUGAUGGGAUUGAGCAUAGGAUUCAGCGAAGCACCGAUAUUGUCGUACGUAGGUGAAAUAACCGAACCUAGGCACAGGGGAACGAUGGCUUCGUUGGCGUCAACAGCGGGCAUGAUAGGGAUGUUGUUGAUUUACAUUUUGGGAUAUUUUUUCGAAUGGAGAACCGUCGCAUUGCUGAGCACGCUUUGUCCAAUCACGUGCAUAUGCCUCGUUGUGUUGAUUCCGGAGUCUCCGUUAUGGUUGAUCGCCAAUGGGAAACACGAAAAGGCUAAAAAGUCCCUUUGUUGGUUAAGAGGAUGGGUGAAACCCGAAAUGGUCAAAACCGAACUCCUAGAACUCAUUCGGUAUAAUGAAGUGUCUGGAGCUCGAAAUUGCAAGGUCAACGUUGAAAAAAACAAUAUAUCUUCGAAAUUAGCCCAACUCAUGGAUCCGUCCGUUUAUAGACCGUUCAGAUUAGUGAUGAUUGUUUUUUUUAUUUCCUACAUAGUCUGCCUUUUACCUAGCAAACCGUAUUUUAGCCAAAUAAUGAACGAAGUUGGUUUAUCUGAAGAUCGAAGUUUGUUGUUUGUUAUUUUCGCUGUGCUACAGAUCAUCGGAUGCAUAAUACUAGUUUUAUCUGUCAAACACCUGGGAAAAAGAUUUUUGGCUGUAAUGUCAGUUUCGAUAAAUACUAUUUUGUUAAUUUUAUUUGGUCUAUACAUCAUGGCAUUGAAAAAUGGUUACACCGAAUCAACUCCUUGGAUUCCCACAAUGAUAUUAAGCGGAAUAUCUUUGUUCGGAACUUCUAUCAGCACUUUACCUUGGAUGUUGGUUAGCGAAAUCUUUCCUAACAAAAGCCGAGGAGUUGCAGCUGGAUCAUGUGCAGCUUUAUCGUAUUUAUUAAUGUUCAUACUAACAAAAUCAUAUUUGAUAGUUGAAAUUAAUUUAACCUUGGAGUACACUAUGCUUCUAUUUGGUGGCAUUGGGAUUUUUGGAUUGGUCUACUUGUAUUUUUACUUGCCAGAAACUGAAAAAAAAACGCUAUUAGAAAUCGAAGAAUAUUUCAAAUAA